AUGUCCAACGAGGAACUGGAAAUGGUGCUCGACUCUUCCGAAUGUAAGCCAAUCCCUUAGGUGUUAGGUAUCAGUCAUCUUGAUGCUUUUUCAGGUAAUCCUACAGUUUUCUCCGUCUUUGUUUCCGGAAUGCUUCGAAAAAUGAACAUUUGGGAGAACGUCGCCUACCUUCUGAUCGUCGUCAUCGGCUCCGUUUUCACUUGCCUCUGCUUGACCAUCGUCGCGCGUUCCACCUCAUUCCACAGUAACCUGCAAGCACCGAUUUGGUGCACCGCAUUCACUUAUUUCGAACUGGCCGCCAGCAAGAUUAUCACUAUCGUAUUCCAGGUCGUGUACCUGUCAGAAGACAGUAAUAUAAUAGCAUGUUCAGGUGCGAACUUUAAGAUCGGAUACUUUUCAGAUGUGGCCACCGGCGGUCUUUCUCUAAUUGCCUGGAGUGCCGCGACUCAUUACCAUUUCAUCUUCAGUGUGUUGGCUUUUCCGCUUGUUGUCGUCAUCGAGCGAACUCUAGCCACCCGCUUCCUUUUGUGAGUCAUUUUGACAGGGGCAAGCUAGACAUUGGAUCACAAUUCUUACAUCUCGAACAAAUCGGUUUUCAGCGAUUACGAGAAAAUGAAACGGCGUCACAUCCUUGUGCUGAUGCUUCUUUUUCAAUACUCAUUCGGAUGUGCUCUUACAUGUCUAACUGUGCUCAACUAUCUCCGUUAUGUAUCAGCGGGUGUUCUCGCCGGAGCCAUUUCUUUCGGCUCACUUUUGGUUUGCCCCAUCCUGCUUAUCGUUCUGAUUCGUGUUUUUUAGGUUUUUUUGCACAUAAAUCGAGUUAACAAAUCCACUUUGAAGUUUGUGGAAACAAAGAACAGAGACGUCAAGUUCGGGCUAAGUGUCCGAUAUCAGCUGAGGGAAAAUGUGAAGACUUUCCAAGUAACUUUCCUUUUCUUUCAUGCCAAUCUAUUUUAAAAUCAUUUUCAGAUGCUCAAAAAGUUAUUCGUCACAUUCACCGCUCUGAUUGUGAUUAUUGCUUUCCUCAAGACGAUUCCGAUGAUUAUGGAGGUGAAGGCGAGCAGUAAGUACGCGUUCCGAGAAGUCACCGAUAUGACAGUACAUGCGUGAGUAACCGGAAGAGUCCAGGCGGAACGAUACAUUGAUUACAGGGGACCGAUUUACAUAACAAUAACACUCAUCUGUGCAGUCGAGGGCUACCGAAAUGUCUUCCUGAAGAUGUUGGGAUAUCAGAAGAGAAAAGUGGUUCCGAGGGAUUUGGAGCUGAGGCGAAAGGAGGAGGAGAUCUACUUUGAGCAACUGAUGCAGUCCCUCAAGUGA